GGUGUUGAAAUGCUUAGGAGAUCAAUAAAUUUUUGGCUUACUAAAGUCUUUAAUAUUAUUUUGAAGACUAAAAAUAUGUCAGAUGAGUGAAGAAAAGUGUGUUGAUUCAUAUUUUUAAGAAUAACGAUGAUGCACAAGGCUGUGCGAAUUAUACAGGAAUUAGUUAACGUGUUAUACAUUAAAAUUAUGGGAGAGGGUAAUAGAGAAUGGGCUAUGAUGGGAUACUACUUCCUAUCAAUCAAUUUGGAUUCAUGCUGAUUGAGUAGGUCUAUUAUAGAAGCUAUACAUUUGCUGAGAGGUUUGAUAGUAGUGCAAAGAGAGUAAGGAGGAUUUAUAUAUGAUAUUUAUUGAUGAAGAGAAAACAUACGAUAAAGAUUCAUGAGAAAAGCUCUAGAGAGUUCUAAAACAAUAAAGAGUUAAUAAUGCUUAUAUUCAAGUCAUUAAAGAUAUUUAUACAUGAGCUAUUAUUAGUAUUUAAAAACAAGAUGGUUUGACUGUUUGACCUAUUAUUUCCUAUUUAAGUUGGAUUACAUUAAGGAUUAGUUUUAAGCCAUAUCUUUUUGCUUUAGUUAUGGAUGUUUUUACUAGACAUUCAUAAAUGGAUAUCCCUUGGUGUAUGCAUUUUGCUAAUGAUAUUCUUUUUGUUGAUAAGACUAGGGAGAGAGUUGAUGAAAAACUUAAAUUAUGGAUAUUGUGUCCCUUGUGAUAUUGUAUGAUCAAUUCAUUAAAAAUAGUGCACAUUUAAGAUCUCUAGGGUCUAUUAUUUAAAGCAAUGGUGGAAUAGAUGAUGAUAUUUUCAGUAGAACUCAAGUUGGAUGGUUGAAAUGGAGGGAUGCAUCAGGCUUGUUGUGUGAUAGAAAAUUACCCCUCAAACUUUAGGAAAAUUUUUAUAAGAUGGUGGUAAGACUUACAAUGUUUUAUGACGUAGAAUAUUGGUCAUUAAAAGAGAAGAAUUAAAUUAACUGUUAUAGAGAUGAGCAUGCUCUGAUGUUUGAGUGGCUUUGCACUUGGACAUAGAAUGUGAAACGAGUAUAUAUGUGAAAAGGUUGGAGUAGCUCCAGUGACAUAUGAUUAGAGUGAAUCACCUUUAAUGGUUUGAUCACAUAAAAUGUCAGCAUGUCGGUGACCUUGUUAGGAGAGUAAAUGUAUUAGAUCCAUUCUAUGUUAAGAAAGGUAAAUAUAGACUUAAAAAAACUAGGUUUGAAAGUUUUAAAAAUGAUAUUUCUUUAGAUUUAAAUGAUAACUUGAUGCUUAUUUAGACAUAAUGAAGAAAAAUUGUUCAUGUAGCCAUCCCCAUGUAGCGGGAUAAAGGAUUUUUGUUUUAUUCAUUAUAUCCCUUACUAUAUGCAAGCUCUUAAAAAUUGUGCUUCGACUUUGCUAAGAGAGUUAGAAUUUUCCUCGUUUAUUUUCAGAAGACAUAUUAGAUUGCAGAUGAGGCACUAGCCAGAUAUUUUAUUUGUCAUUGUGCGAUGAUUUUAAGAUUUAAUUUCAGGAUUUUCAUAGACCCAAGCCUCUAUGGUUAAUUAUCCCCCUCUAUGACAAGAGAGAAUUUUUGAUAAAGGCUAGUCAUUAGAUAGAUGCCAAACGAUUAGCGAUUUAGUUUAAAAUUGAAGAAAAAUUGUCAUCAUUUGCUUAAAGUGGAUAAUGGGGGGAAUGAUGACGAAUUUGAUCGAGAUCCCAUGGUUUCAUUAUUUUGGGUUGUUAUGUACCUAGGUCUACAUAGUUGAUGGAGGUUAUCAAUCAAACCUGAUCGAAGGAUUCUUUUCAAUAACCAUAAAUUGCGUUAUCUAAGGGGAUCUAAGAAGAUGACUUUGUGUGUCAAGUUGAUGCUCGAAAACGCUGCAUAGGAGAAAAUAAAUAAAAUCAAAUUUCUCCCACUCUAAAAACACACGAUUUUUCCACAAUAAGCGAGGAGGUUGAUGUGUCUUGGGGGGCAUUUGCAUGACUUCAUGUUCUCCGCUUACUUAUUUUUACUGUAUUCGAUUGGUUCGACUUCGAAAUAUUUAUCGAAAUCAACACUAUGCUAGGUAUCUAAAAUUGUGAUUUUUAGUUUGCUUAUUACACGUAUUUUAUUCUUCCAGCCUUUGUUGUUUUAUACUUUAUUGCAUUUAUAUGAUUUUUUUUUUCUAUUUCUUAUAUGAUAUAUUUGAUUUGAAUUCAACAUUGGCUUACUUGAGAGUUUCAACAUGGAUUAUCAUACAAUUUUAUUUAAGAUAGCUAGUCCAUGGAUUAACUAGCACACUUGGUUUCAAUUAAUUUCUAGAAUGACUGGAAAAUGAGGAUUUAUAAAAUCAAUCCUAAAUAGUUUAGAUUAGGCUAAUGAUGAUGAUGACAAUUUGUUUUUGAGGAUUGAAGGAUGUUAGAUAAAAAUGUGUGCAAAUUUGCACAAAAUAGGUUUAAAACUUCAUACAAGUGUAAUUAAUAAUAUUAUCUAUUUUGCUCUUCUCAACAUUUCACUCUUAGCCUUUUUAUUCAAUAAUUCCAAAAAAUACUUUUUCAUAUUUCUUUGAUAUGAUUUUUUUAAUAAUGAUAUCAUUAUCUUUACUCUUAAUCCAUUUAUUUGUUUCAAAGUCUAGAAUCACUUUUCUCUUGCCAUACUUAGCAUUGACUUUGUUUAAUAAAUGCUUUUAAUUCUUCCAACCUUUUUGAAAUUUGGAUCUUUAUAGUUUUUUUCUACUCAUUUAUUUAGUUCCAGCAUAGAUGAGCAAUAUCGUAUUUUUUUUUUCGAUAGUAUAGCUAGUACACUUACUAGUUCCGGCUAGUUUCAAAGAAAUCAAUAGAAAAUGAGAAUUCAUAAAUCCAUCCCAAAUAAUUGAGAUAUGAUUGAUGGUGAUAAUGGGAGUAACUAAUGACAAAAUAAGUUUAAAAUCUUAUGCUUCACACCGUAGGAAUGUGAUAUGCCGCUGGCCCAGGAGGGGCCGGCUGGACCGGUCCAACCUGGACCGAUCCAUGUCUACAUGCGGCAGGCCCCAUAGGGGCGGCGGAAAAACAGAAAGAGAAGGGGGGCGGAAGCCCUAGGUGGGCCAUGCUUGGUUUAAUUUAACUUAUGAGGGAAAAUUUGAAUGUGGGGGGCUGUUUUAGGAAGUUUGUAGUUGUCCUUUGAUGUUAAUUAGGAGCUUAGGAGGGAAUUGGAGAUUAUCUUGAAUUUGAAAUAUGAAUUUGAGAUCUCAUCGUGUGCUUGGGCUCUAGGGUUUGCUAGAGACUUUUGGAGAGUUGUUCUUCCUCUCGAAUCGAAGAACAUUGUAUCUUUCAUCGUUUUCUUGCAUCUAUUAGUGAACUACUUUGUUUUUCUCCGAACUUCUCGCUGUUUUAAAUCAAAACCUGCUGUGUUUGGUCUUAUUUACUGCUGUAAUCAGCAGAUUUAUCUCUGUGUUAGUGCUAAUUUCGAUUAGGUUUGCUUUUGAACUCAAAUAUUCCCUUAGGGUUACUUGCGAACUCAAGUAUUUCCUAUCAAAUUGGUAUCAAAGCAUCGAUUUGGGACCCUUGACAGCUGAAAUCCUGAAACUUCAGCUGAAUUUUUUUCACUGGAAGAAGAUUUUCGUGAUUCUUGGGAAGAUAGAUGGCCGGUAAGAAGGUAGAGGUCUUGGAAGGCGAGAUCGGUCAACUAAAAUCAGAUUUGGAUGGAAAGUUCUUUGACUUUCAAACUCAAAUCACCUCCAACAAUGAAAGGAUAAAGGGAAAAUUUACGGUGAUGGAAGAGAUUGAAACUGUUGGAGUUGAAGACAAAUCCUACGACAUUGGAAGCAAGAGAGACCACCGGAGGUCAUGGUAUAGGAAGAAAUUCGAACUCGUUUAAGGGGAGGAGAAAUCCAGAAUUGGAGGUCAUUGAGGGGGAGGACAACAUGCCACCUUUAAAGUCACUUUCUAGAGAGGAGAUGAGUUUGGGAAAUGACUGGAGGGGUGCUGAUUUCGUCGGGAGAAGGGAAGAAUUUCAUCGCCGGGGUGCUGAUUUUGAAGGGACAAGAGGAGAAUAUGAUGAAGGGUUCGGGUAUAAUCGCCGGAGGGAAGAUCGUGAUAGUUGGGGAGCACCUCCUCUUCGAGGAAUGGAAGGUUAUGGAGGAUUCAGGGGACAUGGGGGAGACCCACGGGUGAGGAAGCUGAAGAUGCUUGUCUUUGAGGGUGAAGACAACCAUGGCUGGAUCUACAAGGUGGAGCGUUACUUCGCUGUCAACGUGUUGACAAAGGAAGAGAAGCUGACGGCGGUGGGAUUGUGUUUGGAAGGAAAAGCUUUGGCCUGGUAUCAAGGGCGUGACAUGAGGGAGCCCAUACGGAGUUGGAGAGAGUUCAAAGAUUGCUUAUUAGAGUGUUUUCGAGUCGAUGGGGGAGGAGAUUUCUAUGAGCAAUUUUUUGCCUUGACUCAGGAGGGGACCGUGGCAGAUUACCGGGACAAGUUUGAGUACUUGGCUAGCAGAUUGGAUCAUAUUUCAGAGUCAGCCCUAGAAGGGAACUUCAUGAAGGUGCUUAAACUUGAGAUACGAAUAGCAGUCAGGGUGCUGGAGCCGAGGAACCUAGGGAAGGUUAUGGAGCUGGCGCAAUUGGUGGAGGAUCAGAAGAAAUCAGGAAGAGGAGCUCGAGAGAAUUAUUCAGGGGGAUCAUACAAGAUGACUACCACAUUCUUACCCUCAAAAGGGGCAGCGCUAGGGAAUCUGAAGGAAGCGCCAAAGGAGAAAAUUGGAGGGGGAAAUGGGGGACAAUUCAAGAAGCGGACAGAGAAGGAGAUGCAGGAUAAGAGGGCAAAGGGGUUGUGCUUUAGAUGCGAUGAGAAGUACAUGCCAAGACAUAGGUGCAAGGAUCGAACUCUUUAGGUUCUCCUUGUCUGUGAAGAUGAGGAAGACGAGGAGGGAGGUGGUAGCAGAUCUGAAGAGGAGGAGGAGAAGCUGCAC